CCCAUUGAGGGCGGAAAUGCCCACCGCCGUAACCCGAAUUUUAACAGGGCCGCUCGCGAGUCCUCGAAACAUGGUGCCGACCGCAGCCGCCAGCAUAUCCAGGGCAAGAGAAGGAAUAUAAGCGAUGUCAUCGAUAAGGCGUUGAAGGGACAUCGUCUUUACGAUUCAACGCAAGUCUUCCUUCGAAAGCUCUAACUAUUCUAGUCCUUGUGCUAACUUCGUAACAGGAACCCGAGUUACCCUAGUUAUAAGCCUAAACGGGCGCCUCUACAGCUUGAGCCAGGCUUUCGCCUGUCGUCGCUAGGCGGCCUUGUACCACCUGGCACCGGGGUCAAGCGCUGGAACCCUAGAGAAGAACGGGCUCUCGAUAUACCGGCGGGUUCAACCUUGGAACAGAAAGAACUACCCCCUACCCAUGCUGACCCCGAGAAAACUAAGAAAAAAGGAGAGGAGGUUGUGUCUCCUUCGAAAGCCGCCGGGAGCCAGCAGCAUGGUAAGGAAGGCGAGAAUAUUUCCAAAGAACGUCGACGGACGUCACCGCCUCAUGAUCCUUUCGCCUCGGUCUAUGUCGAGGCAAUGCGGCUUCCUAAAGCGACACGUGCACCGGAGUCAAAGAAGAUAGAGACGUCCGGUCGUGACGUACUCAAGUUGUCGAGCCAGGGGGUCGUCUCGCCCGCACCUCAUGAAAUCCUCUUUCAUGAGGAUGCUAUUGUCAAGCCUAUCGUUGGGGUCGAUUUCAAGAUGGCCCCGGGUCGUGUUUUAAUUCAUGCUCUAUCCCGAGGAACCGUCGUCGUUUGGGAAAUAAUCGCCAACGAGGGAAGGACGGUGAAAGAAGAUAUUCGCCUUUGCCUCCCCUUAAAGAAUAUCGGAAGCACUGUGCUCGUACGGCGACAAGACACUCCCAAGUCCGAAGUUAGGUCUAGCGAGGUCAGAUUCGAUAAUAUUAUGAUUGCGGCCAGGUUUGUCCAAGUUGCGGAAACCCAUCGAAUGCGGUUGGCCAGUUCCCAAGAGCCGAUUUUCAGAGCAGUGCUGGGUAGUGACGAGAGGGCCCUGACAUCGUCGGAUAUCCACUGCAAAGACGAUACCACUGCCUCAAUCAAUCCACAGCAAAGCGACGCGCACUCCACCACACUAAAGGUCUCGUUAGCCUCUGAUAUGCCCCAAGAUCAAGAUAACGCCAAGACAAAGCUCGCGCUCUUAGAUUUGGAGGCCAUCGAGGGAAUCCGUAUUGGAGCAGACCUGUCAGAAGCUGCUCUGGGCAUCUUUUGUAACUUGACAGCCCGGAAUUUUGAGGAUAUGAUCGAGACAGCACAUAACCUUGUUAUAGUUUUGGCAGACGUUAAGCAGUUUUCCGGCAUCUGUUUACCUAAAUACGCAGCCUUACAGACAGCGGUGCUGCAGCUGAUGCGAGACAAGGAAUUUUUAACCUUGAAGCUUGACGAGCAGCGAAAGUUGUCAGCCCUGGUGUACAAGAAGGUUCUGAGCGGACACAGUUCGCCCGGCCAAGCAGACAGCAACACCUCGGGCGGGCAGAGUCACAACCGGCCACUGAGUGAUGGGGAGGCGCCGGGCUCUCGACCAUUCCCUAACCUCAACCGCUUUUCUACGACAGAUAUAGACGAGGAGAAACUGAGACAGGGGCUACGCGCCAGCUUAACGCGUUCGAUGCAGCUCAAGGGUGCGGACCAGUCCGGACUACGAGCCUCCAGCUUGGAUCCUUCUACUGACCGAAAAGCUUACAAGACAACCAGCUCUCCUAUCCCCGGUGGUCAGACUAGAACACCGUCGGUCCCACGCGCAGGUCCCGGAGCGAAUAUCAACUUUGCACGCCACCAGAUGAUAGGGGGCGGCCUCAGCUCGUCUAGAUGGGCAGAUGAUCGGUCGUCGGUUUCGGAGGCAAGGCAUGACGAAGGAAGUGGCAGUGGUGAUAAGACGCCGCGCGAUACCGUUCUCCCGGCUACAGCGACGGCACCACCGGUCCAACAGCAGUGCGAUGCUGAUCUAAGACCGUACUCGACGAUUCUGGCAGGCCGGUUGGCAAAUCUCCACUGGUCGGACCGGGGCCACCGUUAACUGCAGCACCCAACUGUGUGUGCUGUUCACAUGCUAAGAUGUAGGAAGGUGACGGCUCACGGUGGCACCCGAGCGUAGGGCACCAUACCGUGGCCUUGAGCGUCCCUGGCCCAGGGACUGUUACGUCAAAUGGCUCCCUAGCUGGACACUGUAUUGUAGUGAUAGAUGAUGGGGGGGGAAGAGAGCGAGUACUAUGUGUACCUAUAGAGUGAUGUGAUUGAUGGUAGGAGGCAUAAUGAAAAGAGUACUGUGCGAUGAGCGGUAUUUGACAUGGCCAGUGGUGGUGCAUAUGUAUAGCCGGAAGCGGGCAGACGGUUCCGCUUACGUGCCGAGGGCGGAAGGUGGACGUUGGGCAACGCGUGCCCGAGUACGGAUGAGGCGUGAGGUCGUGUUCGAUAGGUGGUAAGGCGUACGGGUACGGCAGGAGGCGGUCACAUUCUCUGGGAUGGGCGGACGAGAUGGAUUUGCUUGUUAUUACGAUGUGAUGUGAUGUUGUUCUUCAUGAACU